UAAUAUAUAUACCUACAAACCCACAUUUUAUUGAAAGAAAAAUACAAGAAACCCACAGCUCCCUAAGAACUUGACACACCCAAAUUCAAGGCACACCCACACGUUUCCAUAAUCUAACACAGAUUCAUUUAUCUCCCUCCUUCGUCCUCUUCUUCUUCUCUUCUUCUCUUCAAUUACUUCGUAGGUUCUAAAAGUUACUAGGUUUAUUACACUCUACCAGCAAGAAUCUAUACAGAUACAUAUAUACUUUUCUUGGUUCUCUCUUUCUUUCUUUCUUCUUUCUUUCUUUCUUUCUUUCUUUUCUUUGAAUAACCUUUCUUGAAUCUACCAGCAAGUUUCUUGAAUCUUGUUCUUCAAAACCCUUAAUUCUCGCUUCCUUCUUUAAUUUCUUUCCUAUGUGUGUUAAUUAAAUUAACCUUUCUAUACAUACGCUCAGUUUCUUGUGGUCAUCUUCCAUAUUAAUCGGUUUCUGAUAAUUAGUUAGAGUUCCUUAGCAGCCAUGGCGAACCGGUGGUGGGCCGGGCAGGUGGGUUUACCUGGAAUGGACACAUCAACUAGCUCAUCAUCUCCAAUGAAGAAACCAGAUCUAGGUAUUUCCAUGUCGAACAGCAAUAGAGAAACAACUGAUCAGAGUGGUAGACGAGAAGAGGAUCAAGAAGAAGAUAGAGAACAUAGCGAUGAACCUAAAGAAGGUGCUAUAGACAUGGCCAGUCGCCGCCCUAGAGGUCGCCCUCCUGGAUCCAAGAACAAACCUAAACCACCCAUUUUUGUGACUAGAGAUAGCCCUAAUGCUCUCAAAAGUCAUGUAAUGGAGAUUGCUAAUGGGUCUGAUGUAGCUGAGAGUUUAGCUUCUUUUGCAAGAAAGAGACAAAGAGGGGUUUGUGUUCUUAGUGGUAGUGGUAUGGUUACUAAUGUAACCCUUAAGCAACCAUCUGCUCCCGGCGCUGUCAUGGCCCUCCAUGGUAGGUUUGAGAUUUUAUCGCUAACCGGAGCCUUCUUGCCCGGACCAGCUCCGCCUGGAGCGACUGGACUGACUAUAUAUUUAGCUGGAGGGCAAGGGCAAGUUGUCGGAGGUAGUGUGGUGGGAUCACUAGUAGCAUCGGGGCCAGUUAUGGUGAUUGCAGCAACGUUUUCGAAUGCUACUUAUGAGAGGUUGCCAUUGGAGGAGGAGGAGGAAGGGGGUAGUGGAGCCCAAGGGCAAAUUGGUGGUGGAAGUGGUGGUGGAGGCGGCGAAGGAAGUGGUGGAGGAAUGGGGGAUCCGGCAACAUCAACGCCUGCGUAUAAUUUGCCUCCCAAUAUGGUUCCUAAUGGGGGACAAUUGAACCUGGAGGGAUUUGGAUGGAGACCACCCUAUUAAUUAGAGAGAUUAACUAGAAGGAUUCAAUAUCUCAUCUUCUUCUGGAUUGAUGUAUUGGUAACUGGUGCGAUAUAAAGGAGUAAGCUAGGAAUGAAUAAAUUGGAGACUUAUGGAUCUAUAUUUUGUAUAUUUCUUGCUUUAUGGCCUUUGGCUUCAUUUUGGAGUACUAUUUGUACUACCAAGUAUUAUUUCUUCUUCUUCUUCUCCUUCUUUUGAACUUAGAAAAAGUAACUAACUGAGACCUGAGCUCUAUCAUUUUUAGUAAA